AUGCUUUCCCUCCGUGUUAGAGAAUGCUCUGCCUACCCAGAAAACAAAAAUUUUGUUUGGAAUCUACUUUAUGACGGCUGUCCUAACCCUCUGGACGAUAUGCAAAGCUCUAUUCCUGUGGACGAUCAGGGAAAGAUUGCCUUUCACUCUCAAGUGAGGAGGUUUACUGUAAAGACGUUCACGUUUUUGGAUCCUCAAACAGGCCAUCACAGCACGGACCAAGUUUACUUCUAUUGUUGGGUGGAAAUUUGUACUGAAAAUUUAGAAUGUGCCCAGUACUGCUCCAUCACUUCUUCAGAUAAAGAAAGACAAAGAAGAGAGGCUUCAUACACUUCUGAUCAUCUAAAUCUAAUUUCUUUGGGACCACUGCUUGUCGGACAGAACGAUACGGAUGUGAAAGACAAUUCAUGUCGGAAAUCUCAGAAAAGUAUGCUAUAA